GCAUCGGCUCUCUCGUGACCAAGAAACAUGUUUUAACAUGUAUGUUAAGGAAACAAAAAGAUGACAUAUUCAAAAAUGUACCAAAUAGACAAAUUAAUCGCAGACUGCGUACAGAUCGGUAAAUUUGAUCAGAACCGUGCGUGAAAACUAUAGCCAUCUGUAUCCACGUUCAACUUAUGUUUUGAGAGCCAGCUGAUAAGUAACCUGAGCUGAUUGGCAAUAAAAACCGCACAGAGUAUACUGCCAAACUAAGCGCAGCGAACUAAGUGGCAACAUGUUUUAUGAAGAAUGAUUCUACCAUGGAGAAGAUAGAUCCUAGCGAAAUGUUAGUGCGUUUAGGUCGCUAUUGGAGGACAAAUUCGAAUGAAGCAGGAUACGUAUAUCGGGACAUUGCGAACUAUACGAUUCAUCCGAAUUACACGCAACAGUCCAAUUCUAAUUUAACGAAGUAUGUUGUUGACUCUGAUCUGGCUGUUGCGGUUCUACGGACCUCUGUCGAAUACAGCUCUAUGAUCAAACCAAUUUGUUUAUGGACCUAUUUAUCUAAUCUUCAGGACAUGUUCGAAACAUCGGGAUUUAUAGUGAGCUGGAUAGGAAGUAUUUAUUAUGGAGGCGAAUUUAAUCUUUUGGAACCGAAAAUUUAUAAAAUACGAAUAGAGAGCCAGAUGAAAUGUAAAUUGAACGAUCCAGAUUUGGCUAGUCUUGAUUUAAAACAAACCAUGUGUGCUGGUACGAAAGACUCCUGGCUUGACGAGACCACCGGCACCGGAAACAGUUUAAUGAUCCGCGAUUCAGCCACAGGCCAUUAUUUACUGCGCGGUAUUUUGACAACAAUAUUGCCGUGUUGCAAUUCUCGCUACUACGUUUUUAUUGACGUUAUCAAACACAUAUCCUGGAUUAAUGAACAUAUUAUCUUGAUAUAACUUUUUCAUCAUAUUUAUGUACAUAUAAGUUUCUUAACAAAUUCAAAAAAACAUUGAAACCAGAAAAAGAAAAAGAAAGUAGAA